GCUAUUUCCAGACGAUGUCAAGAAAUGCAAAACUCGGAUAAAAGAAGAUCCAGAACAAGUUGCAGUCCUUGAUUCAGUCCGUUGAAGGCAAAAACAAGGUCAUUCCCAGAAUUUUAUUAAGAAAAUAAUGAGGAAAAGAAGGGGACGAAAGCCUGGUCCACGAGUGAAAGCCUCCAACCUUCCAGCUGGCAGUUCCAGCGAGGACGCCACAGCAGCCUCAGCCGAAGAAGAGAAGUCCGAGGGUGUGGAUCCAGCAGCAGCGGUAGCUGGACUUGACGCCAGUGUUGAACAACAACAACAAGAUGGCGGCGAUCGCCAACCAACGUUGAACAGCCGUCAGGUGCCAGACAACAGCGGGGAGCUGCCAGGGAGUAGUGGUCAGUUGCAGGGGACCAGUGGCCAUCUCCCUGGCAAUGGUGGCCAGGCAGUGGUCAGCAGUGUGAGUGGACAUAGACCUCAGUCCCAAUCCGAUGAAUUUAAUGUCGAUGCUGAUGAAAUGUCACGUGACCUCAUGGACUGUGAGAUGAUUGGCGAUCUGGCUGUCGAUAUCAACAUGUCUGACUUUAUAACGGUGGACGAGGUGAUGAACAUGAUUGGUGAUAUGAACCCAGGGAGCGGAGGGGCCAGGGUGGACAGCGAGCCCCAGAGACAACUCCAUACUCCAACAAUGGAGAUUGAACAACAGGGUGGUGAAGAGAAAAUGGAUGUAAAGGGACAGUCAGCAGAGCAAGUGGAGUUAAAGAAAAAUGUUCAGGAUGAAGAGGUAAACACAGAGGUGCCCAUAGAGCUACAACAGGCUCUGGAUGAAAGUAUAGGCAAAAUCAGUAAAACUGAAAAUGAAAAACAAAACACACAAACUGAGGACAAUAAAUCUGGCACUGAAGUUGCUAGCCUUGCUCAGGAUAAUGAGGAUGAUAAAAAUGAACGUUUUUCAGAUGCUCCUAUGGGAAGUGAAAAUGAGCCUCGUUUUCAAGGCAACAUAGAAACGGCAGCGAUAGAAGCCAUUAAUGAGAACAUUGCACAGAUUGAUGGCUCGGCAAAUUUGACCUCUCUUACGCAGAAUGAUAGUGAAGACUUGACUCUGAGCUCAUCAAACCAGGGACCCAAAACGGAAGAGACCGAAAAAGGGACAAUAAAUGAAUGUGACUCACUAGGACAACCAAGCAUGGCUUUGAAUGACAGUUGUGAACAAAAUCCUGUACAAAAGGAAAAUGUAGAAUCUGUUUUAGACCAGGAAAAAGUUGUGUCCAUGGAAAUUGAGGAAGAUAUUGACUCCAAGAGAAUUGAUUCUUCAACAGUUAGUGGGAAUGAUUCCUCUAGUUUUUCCAAAAAUGAGGUUUUGGGUGAAAAUCCUGUUGUUUUGCAUGAACACAAUACUGCAGGGGAAAACAAGUUCACGACUAACAUUGAAAGCAUUUCUUCAGAGGAGAUGAUUUCUUCAAAAUUUACAGACUCAGGAAAUACAACGCCAUUGACGGAAAAAACUAAACCUGCAGAAUCAGAAGCGCAACUUGAAAAACCUGUUGAUACUCAAACACCUCUGAUAUUUGACACAAAAGCGCCCUCUUCAGGAAUGUUUUCAGCUGCACAGGAUAAUUCACAAACUCAUAACUUUGAGGCGGAUUCAAAAGUUACUGCAGUUGAAUCUGUACCACCGUUUACAUCACACAGAGAACCUCAGAAGGUGAUGACCCCUGACAAUGUGCCUCCUGCCAGCGAUGGUGUGGAAGAUACACAGUGUACUGCAAUGUUAGGGGAAGUUGAGCACAAGACAACAGCUUCUGAACCUUCUCAAGAUGACAAGGAUGUAUGCUUAUCUGUUAGUGCCACUGACGAUGCAACCCAACAGAUUUUAGAAUCAAAAACACACACUGAGAUUGUCUCACCUAUAGAUGGUGCUAGCAGCAAUGAAAAGCCAAACCCAAGUCUGGCUGCUGAAAUAAGUGUAAAAAUGGUAUCAGAUGUUCCAAUACCACCAGCUAGUAAGGAAACUGAUGCUGCUUCCUUUCCAUCACCACCUUCAGAUGUGUAUUCAGAUCAAGGAACUGUAGGUUUUCAAGGUUCUAAGCAGGAGAUGGAGGAAAGUGAACAGUAUGGGCCAAUUACACCUCAAGAGUAUGAGCGGGAGCUUGCUUUGACAACAAAACAAAGUAGUGUGAAGGAAAGUUCAAAUAAAGGACCUGUACGUUUUCCAGAGAGUAGUAAGCAAAAGGCAGAGGAAAGUGAACAGUAUGGGCCAAUUACUCCUCAAGAACAUGAGCGACAGCUUGCUUUGACAACAAAACAAAGUAGUGUGAAGGAAAAUUCAAAUAAGGGACCUGUAGGUUUUCCAGAGAGUAGUAAGCAAAAGGCAGAGGAAAGUGAACAGUAUGGGCCAAUUACUCCUCAAGAAUAUGAACGACAACUUGCUUUGAAAAGAAAAAAUGUAGCACAGGAAAUUUCAGAGGAGCUGGCUCCUAAAAAGACCAAGUUGACACAGUAUAUGUUUGGAGUAAAGAGAAAAUCUACAGAGGGCCAAGCAACAGGGGAGGAAAAACAAGUAAUCAGGGAAACUGAAGAUUCCAAGCCCCCAAGCAGCAGUAGUACCAGUAACAGUGUAACAAGCAGCAGUAACAGUACCAAUGUUACAAGUAGCAAUAGCAGUAGCAGUAAAGCAGGUUACACAUUAAUGGUAGGCAACAUUCCAGCUGGAACCAAAGCAGCCGAGGUCAAACUACUUUUUGAAGCGUAUGGAAAGGUGCUGAAUGCCAAGAUUCUAGGCAAUUCCAAGAACCCAAAGGCCCCCGUGUUUUCCCAGAUAAUGAUGGAGAAUGAAGAAGAGACAGACUUGGCAGUGAAAAGCCUUCACAAGUGUGUCUUCAAAGGGAAUAAGAUUGUAGUUAAGAAAAAGUCGAAGCCUGAAGACCAGAGUCAAGAGAAGAAAGACUCUCCUGCAGUGAAAAAAGAAACUCCAACCCCUGAGACUCCAAAGCAGGCUCCUCUUGAACAACAGACAGUGGCUCCAUCUAUAGAUCCUGUGCAGGCGGCAUUGGCAGCUGCCAAGGCAUCCAUAGAAACAAAACUGUUGUCUGCUGAGGACAAGGCAGUCAAGAAGAAAGGAGGCAAUGAGUACACAGAUGACAUCUACCUCUCGUUUGAAGUAUCAGACACCUAUCAGGGCAAACCAACUCUGAAAACAACAGCAGUAACCAGCACCACUACAACAGCCACUACCACUCAGAGCCAGGCCAAGGCAGCCAAAACAAGCAUUGAUCUGUCCACUAAGAAACGCAUGCAGAGCUACAUGGCCAGCAUGCUUGCAGCCAAGAAAUCAGGGCAAAAAGUACCAAAACUGGCAUCCAAACAAGAGGUGUCUGAUCUCAAGACAAGACUGAUAGAGAAGAGUAAGCUGAAGAAGCAGGGUGUAACUCAGUCUGUUGAGGAGGAAGAGAAGGUGGAUGAGAAGGCAGCCAGGGCAGCAAAAAUUGAAGCAGCCCUUGCAGCCCAGGCUUCCCUGUUGGCAGAAAUAGCUCGAUCUAAAAUCCAGGUUGCCUCAACUGCUUCAGCAGUGCCACAGGUGCCUGUCUCAACACCUGUGACAGCAAGUGAUGUGUCCACACCUGCUGCAGCUGUGGCUCCUGUACCCUUCUCCGUACCAUUGCCUCAAUCCCAGCCUACAGACUCUGUGAUCCCUACCACAUCAGUUCCAGUAUCCACUUUAUCAUCUUCAUCUGUGACUACAACAGUGACGGAAGCACAGCCACCUUCUAUGUCUGUUGCCAGUACAACAGGGACGUUGUAUUCUGCUCCCACGCCAGUUGUCCCAACAACAUUAUCGCCAGUUUCAUCAUUUGCUCCAUCAGCAGUUUCCGUGGCAACAUCCAGUAAUGUGGUGACCACUGCAGCCACUACAGGACCAACUGUGUCGACCGCAGUGACCCAGAUUGGCCAGUCCUCUAGUCUUCAGGGGGUCUCUCUGCCACCAAGUGCCCCACCCCCUGGGGUGCCUCCUGCCCCUGUAGUACCCCCUGCCCCGGGGGUCUCCUCUGCCAGGAUGGCUGUCAUGGAGAUGUUGACAGUAAACAAAAAGCUUCCUACGUCGUCAGAUGGUGGAGCACAAGCGGCGCCCCUUAUGUUUCCAAAUCCUCCAGCGCCUGGGUCAUCUUCGUCUGACCCAGCACUAAGUUCUUGGGGUCAAGGUGCAGCUCAGUGGGGACCUCCAGGCAGCUCUGGUCCUGGCUGGGGACACCCGCCCCCACCAAACUAUGGCUAUCCCCCUCAAGGUCAAGGUAACAAUUGGAACAACCAAUCAUAUCAGGGCUGGAGUCAAGGUGGUACGCCGACGUCUAGCAGUGGGUGGAACCAACACCAUUCAGGCUGGGGACCUUACCCUCCCCCUCCUAGGGGGUACCCUCCUGGCCCUCACGGGGGAUUGUGGCCUCAGGCACAAAUGGGUCCUCCAGGGCCUUGGGGCCCAGGUUACCCUGGGGGGUGGAGUGCCACCCCAACCAUGGGAGGUAGAGUGCCAACCCCAGGACAAGAUGUAGCUGAGAGUAAGACUACAGAGGAACCAGAACCUGAGGCAGGGUCAGCUGGAGACGACAACACAAAGGUCAGCGACCAGACAGAGGAUGUUGACCUCCCAAUUAAUAAAGAGCUCCAAGCAGCCAUGGAGGAGGACGAUGAAGAUGAUGGCAAGACGGAGAUGUGGCAGUCGCUGGCCAGAGCUUGGGCCAAGGGGAAAAUGGACUACAAUAACUACUGUAAUGAUUACUAUAACAGUUACUAUGGUGCCCCACAGUAUGGCAAUAACUAUGGGGGUGGAAGUGGUCACAUGGGGUACCCCCCUGGCCCCCCACCACCAGGUGGUCCCAGGUACCCUCCACCACACAUGCAGCAGGGAUAUAACCAACAGGGCUACCCAACCUAUCCAUAUCAGCAAACGGGGCCAAACAUGUCCAGUGGCCCUCCGGCGGGUGUUCCCCCUCCCGCUCCAGACUCUGGGAGUAAUGCUGGACAAUUGGGUCAAGGUGAUGGGCAGGAGGUUACACAUGGUACUGAACAAAGUGCAAGUGGCCCUGAUCCUUCAAACGAAUCACAGGAUGUGAAAACUCCAACGGAUGGAGAAAAAACUAAAACAAACCUAAAUUCUAGUGCAAAGAAGGAAAAUGGACUUUUAGGAGAUUUGACGACUUCAUUCACUACUGUUUCUGAGAGUUUGGAGCUUAAAUCUUCUGGUUUGAUGUCAAUCAAUGCUGCACCUCCAGUGGCGCCACCUACAGUCAAUAGUGCACCUCCUGUAGCUCCACCAGAGGGAGUGUUACAAGACACCCCAACUGAAAACUCAGAAAAUGUAUCAAUGGAGGUUGACAUGGAUACAAGUCCAUGAAAUAGCUAAUUUUUGAAGCUGAUUUUGAUAGUCAGAAACAGAGACAUUUAGAAGAAAAUGACAAAUUUACAGGUUUCUUUCACAAUUGAAUAGGAAGCUAUCGACACAAAUAAUACCAGUAUUCAUUGUGAUUGCCUGCAUCCCCAACAGUUAUCUGUCCAUCCUUUAUUACUUUGACAUAGCACAACCUAUUGAUAAUAACAUCACACUGACAGGAUUAUUGGAAUGAAUCACAAGUCAGUGGUUCAAUAUUGCCCUAACUAGAACUAUAUGAAAAACAGUCAUUUCUUAGUUACAUGAAGCUAUUCCCAUUUUAUUAAUUCAAUACUUGAAAAAUGGAGAACCAAACUGGCGCCAAGACUGCUCUUUGGACUUUUAAAUCGGUUUUAUGGUGACCAAAAUUUUGAUUUGGUAAUUAAUUUUUGUUUAUGUUAAUGAGAAAUUACUAUAUUGUUUUAAAGACAGAAAAUAACCAACUUGAAGUUUGUUAUUUAUGAAAAAUGUGCUUUGUAGAAAAACACUGCCAAAGUGUAGGCAGCAUUUUUCCAUUGAAAAUCAACGGAUGAAUGUGUAAUUAAAAAGAUAAGUUAAAUAAGAAAUUGUAGGGACUUUAAGUUAUACAACCAAGUCUCCCUAACAUAUAUCUGAUUCAUUUAAAAGUGAAGUGGAUGUUAAGUUGGAAAAUGCAGAAUAAAAUGAGACCACUCUUCA